AUGACUUUCCGCCCGAAGCCCGCUUUCCGGAAACUUGGGGACACUGCCAGCGGCGGGUACGCCCGCAGGGAGAUGCAGCUGCGCAGCGAGGUACGCCAAGGGCUGAAGGACAAACUCGUGGCGCGCGUCGGCCACGUGGAUCCCGAAGUGUCGAUGCGCUGGACCGUAAGCGGGCUCUGCGAAGACAUAUACCUCCGCCACCGCCUCAAACUCGUCGGAUGGCCAGAGGGCAUCGUCUUCGGCGACCUGAGCAAGGUGACCGGGCUGGCACGGAUCUGGAUACUCGUCCGGGCGCUGCGGAGCGGGGAGCUCACGUUCGAGCCGAUCACGCAGGAGGA